UUAAAAGUGAUGUCAUUCUGAGUUUAAAUUUUUGUGGGUAAUACCAAUUUAGGGAAUUAACAGAGAGAAAGUGGGCUGAAGUUUGUAUGAUCUCAAAUUCCCCAGAUCAAAUCCAACUUAAACCCUAGAUUUACUUUGUGUUGUGAUCCGAGGCCCAAAAACAUUUUGCCGACAUUUUGAUUCAAUUCUAUUCAAAGUUCAAACCUCUGAAAAUUUAUGGCUUCAAAGAGUUUUCAUAAUUCCAUUUGGUUGCGUGUGUGAAGUGAACAAGACGCCAUAACCCACCUUCAAUUUUCCACCAGCCUUUCAGACCAAGCAGUCUAAUUAAAUAAACCCAUCUUGGUAGAGUUGGUGAUUCAAAUACCUUGUUACCUCAAUUAGGUUUUCAUGAUCGAUCGUCGAAACUCCAAUUUCUGACUUGGGUUUCGAAAUUUUGAUCAGGGGUUCUUUAAAAAUCCGCAAGAUAUCAGUUUUUGGUUUUCGUUUUUCAACUCUGAAUUUAUGAAUUUCAGGAGUUUAGAUGAGUUCUGGGUUUUCUACAUGAACCAGCACUCUAAACCAUCGACGAGACGUUGGCACUUUAUUGGAACUCUUUCUUCAAUCUUCUUCUUUCUAUGCUCCUUAUUGUUUAGCUGGUGGUUUCUGUUCUUUGUGCCAUUAACUGGUUAUGGAUUCGCCUGGUAUAGCCAUUUCUUCGUUGAGGAAAAUGUUCCUGCCUCCUUUGGCCAUCCAUUUUGGUCUCUUCUAUGUGAUUUCAAGAUGUUUGGAUUGAUGCUUACGGGGAACAUGGACAGAGAAAUAAAGAGGCUGGGAAAAAGACCCGUGUUGCAGGCGUUUUAAUUCUAAUCUGACAGAAGUUCAUCUGAUAGGAAUUAUCACAAUUGUUUUUGCAUUCCUGUUGGAGAAUCACCUCACCCCGGCAUCUCUUUCGUCCACAUGUACAGCUUCCUUCCUCAUACAGGAUCGUUCCUGCCACAGUUGGCCGUUCAAGUCACUUCCAGCAGUUCUGCUAUUAAUGUUGUAUGCUACCUUUGCUGCUUAGGAUGGUUCGAAGGCAUUGUUCUUCCCCCCAAGCUUAGAAUUCUCUGCAGACCAUUUACCUCCCUCAGGUUGGGCUGCUUAACUUGGAAAAGAUAACUAGCAAAACUCAUUCUAAGGCUCAUUGAUGCUACCAAAUUUGAUUCUCAAACUUGGCUUACGAACUACAAUACUGCAUCUAAUGGUAUUCUGUAAACUGAUAUUUAUGUUAAUUUUGUACAAUGAAGUGCAUCAACAAAGUUUGCUUUAUGAUUGGAAUUCCUGAC